UCAUUCCUCAAAUCUGAAACCAAAUCACCUUUCACAUCUCUUUUCUCUCAAACAUUUUCACAAACACUUUGAACCAAUUGAAUUUUUAUGGAAAUCUCAUCGUCCCCAUUUCUUAAUCAAGACGACUUUUCCCAUUUCUUUCCUCUAUUUCAAGACAUGGAUUACGAUGGUGUUGAUAUUAAUACUAAUGGGUCUGUGACUGCAACUGCAACGACAGAUUCUGUCGACGAUGGUGAUUUGAAGAAGAGUAAUAAUAAUACUAAUACAAUGAGAGAUAUUCUUGCGUCUCUUUUAAUGCUCGACGAAGAAGAAAAACAAGAGCAACACCAGUGGUUUAGUGAUUCUCAUCAAGAAAAAGCACUGUUUGAUUCGAAUCAUAAGCGAAAAAUUCAAGCUAUGAAUGAGUAUAACUCUAAUCUCCAGACUCAUCACGACGAUUUAAACGAAUUGGAUCAAUCAAGAACGAAGCGCGCUCGCCGCUCAGCUUCUGUACUUGCAGCUGCUGCAGUUGAUAGUAAUGUGGGCUCUGCUGAUUCACCUCAGAGCACCGCCGGAAAACCCACCGCCGGUGGAUCCUCCACUCAGCACCGGAGGUUAUGGGUGAAAGACAGGUCUAAAGACUGGUGGGAUAAAUGUAGCCACCCGGAUUUUCCCGAUGCGGAGUUUAAAAAAGCGUUCAGAAUGAGUAAAGCGACGUUUGAAAUGAUAUGCAGAGAGUUGGAUUCUGCCGUUACUAAAAAGAAUACAAUGUUACGCGACGCUAUUCCUGUUCGUCAGCGUGUUGCUGUUUGUAUUUGGAGGCUAGCCACUGGUGAGCCGUUAAGGCUCGUGUCGAAGCGAUUUGGGUUGGGUAUUUCAACUUGUCAUAAGCUGGUUCUUGAGGUUUGCUCUGCCAUACGGAAUGUAUUAAUGCCCAAGUUUCUUCAAUGGCCCGACGAGGACAAAUUGAGUGUAAUCAAGGCCGAAUUUGAGUCCAUUUCGGGUAUCAAAAACGUUGGUGGCUCAAUGUAUACCACUCAUAUUCCAAUUAUUGCACCCAAGAUUAGCGUUGCUGCUUAUUUCAACAAGAGACACACUGAAAGGAAUCAGAAAACUUCGUACUCGAUUACAGUUCAAGGAGUUGUCGAUCCGCGGGGCGUUUUCUCCGAUGUUUGCAUCGGAUGGCCCGGUUCAAUGCCGGAUGAUCAAGUAUUGGAGAAAUCAGCUUUGCAUCAAAGGGCUAAUAAAGGUGCUUUGAAGGAUGUUUGGAUAGUUGGCAACUCGGGAGUUCCAUUAACAGACUGGGUUCUUGUACCCUACACUCAUCAGAAUUUGACAUGGGCACAGCAUACUUUUAAUGGAAAAGUUGCCGAGGUUCAAAAAGUUGGUAAAGAAGCGUUCGCAAGGUUGAAAGGGAGAUGGUCUUGCUUGCAGAAGAGAACUGAAGUGAAGCUUCAGGAUUUGCCGGUGGUUCUUGGGGCUUGCUGUGUGUUGCAUAACAUUUGUGAGAUGAGAAAUGAGGAGAUUGAACCUGAGCAAAGAUUUGAGAUUUUUGAUGAUGAGAUGGUUGCUGAAAAUGGAUUGAGAUCCGUUGGUGCAAUUCAGGCUAGAGAUCAUAUUGCUCAUAAUCUUUUGCAUCAUGGCCUCGCAGGCACUUCUUUUCUAUAGUCUAUUAUGUUUUUUAGCGUCUUUGAUUUUGUAGGAUUUGUAUUUUUUUGGUGGGUCCUUGUAUGAUAUUUUAUUUUGCCCAUCUGAAUCAAAUAAAUAUAUGCUUAUUGAUUUGUUUAAA